AUGCCAAUAAAACUAACUCUCAUCGAAUCUUUUGAUACUCCAUUGAAUGUUCCAAGAGAAAAGGUUCAUAUUGAAGAGAUUCCCGAUAGAAAAAUGUAUCUUUCAAGUAAUCUGGCAGCCUCUUCUCGUCUCGGAAAUCAUCUUUUCGAAUUAUCUGCUCUACUGUCAGUGUCUAGGAAAUUGAAUAGAAUACCAACAUUUUUUAUUCAAAACCGCCAUUACGAUCAAACGUUGAUGGAUACAGAUUUCUUGAUUCCUGGAUUGUUAGAUCAUUUUUUAAUAAUCAACCAGAGUAUUCCUGAUUCAAUAACACAUGUUGAAUUUAGUAUGAAAUGUUGUACAUGGGAUAAUCCGGAAAGGUUGAAAAACUAUACAGAUCAGUACUUGCACAUCAAAGGAACGCAUUUCCAAAGCUGGAAAUAUUUCCGAAGAAUGCGCCAUGAGCUUAUGGAAUAUUUGAAAACCCCUGUAAAUAACUUCACAGAUCUUCCAAAGUCUAAUGAUGAUAAUUUUGUAACUUGUGUACACAUAAGGAGAACCGACUUUGUUGGAUCUGGUUUUUUUGUUCCAGACGAAACUUUUAUACUGGAAGCUAUGAAAUUUGUUAAGAUAGAAGAGAAAAGAGAUCAAAAUAUGUUGACAGUGUUGUUCGGAGAUGAUAUACCAUAUAUUGAAAGUUUGAUGAAUCAGACUUUCACUGUUGAUGAAGGAGCAGAAAAAAACAUUAGCUCAGAAUUUUUUAUUUCUCACAACAAUCCCUCGGACAGUAUAUUAUAUUCUAGUAGUAAUUGUGAUGUUGUUAUAAUCACAGCACCUCAUUCAACAUUUGGAUGGUGGCUGGGAUUUCUGUCAAAAGGAGGUCAGGUGUAUUACACUGAUAUCAAGUUUGUCGAUGAUAAUAGUAUAUCUUCUGGAAUGUUUGACCCAGAUGAUUAUUAUCCUCCACAUUGGAUUCCUAUUAAACAGGGCUCAUUUGACAAUAGAACAUUGAUUGAAAGUGAGCGAUUCACUAGUUUUCCUACAAAACUGAUUACUGCAGGAAUAUCCUCAUUUGUUUUCCAUGCAUUCACUUCUCGGUCGGAUCUUUCUUUCAAUCACGUGUUUGCAAGAAUAUGGCAAUUCACUUUCGGGAUGAUCGCAUGUCUGAAAAUCAUAAAAGAUAACGGAGACAGUGGCCAUGGGCAAGAGAAAGUUAUUUUUCUAGACACUUCAAAAAGCAGCAAGAAACUCAAUUGGGACAAUAAUUUAUUUAAAACCUACAGUAACUCAAUAUUAAUUGUAACAAUUGCUAUCACAUUUUACUCAACACCAAUCAAUCCACUGAUUGCAAGAGUUAUAGUUACUAUUUUAACGGCCGUCUUUAUAUACGCUUCGUCAAAUAAUGUACCAGUUUUCAAUAACUUGCUCAUCUACACUGGCAAUAUUUCAUUUGCACUUUAUCUUGUUCACUGGCCGUUAUAUGCAUACUGGAAAAUCAUUGGCAAUGAUAGCCAUAUUGGGUUAUUUUUCACAUUAAUCAUAUCUAUUUUUAUUGCAAUAGCUUUUCAUGAAACAUUUGAGAAAUGGUCUCUGAAACUUGACUGGAAACGAAUAAUACUGUUGAUUGCGUUUUUGGGCUCGUUCAAUUUCUUAGCAUUGGAAAAAGAAGAAAUCGAAAUAAUUAUCAGACUCCAAAACGCUCAGAAAUCAACAUCUUUUGAAGUCUAUAAUGAUGUAUUGAACAAGACAUUCACAAAUUAUGAUCAAGUAGAAAUUCAAAACCGACUAUGGCAGAAGAAUGAUUUUGUGCAGCUUGCAAUCCCAAACAUUGGAGUUUGGGUCGGUAGAAAUCAUCGACCGGUAUUAUAUUUCAGCUCACUAUCCGAAUGUUAUGAAACCAGUUUAGGGCUUAUCAGGAAAUGGAACAUUGAAGUUUAUGAUACUGGGUAG